AUGCCGGUAACGACUCAACUUCUUAGAGCGGCGCGUGUCGCCUUCUCGUCCAAAUUGAUACCUACCCCGACCGUCUACCAAAUUCGGAGGGCAAGCACGGCGAACUCCCGAUCGAUUCGGGUUGGUGGCCGUGAUAUCUCCGUGCCAACAGGCAUCUACAUCAACAACGAAUUCCGCAAAUCCAUCGGCGGCACAACCUUUGGCGUCGAAAACCCAGCAACAGGAAGAGAGAUCCUGCAAGUCGAAGAAGGGCGCGAAACAGAUGUGGACGAAGCGGUCAAGGCUGCCCGGCUGGCCUUCCGAAGCGGCGAAUGGUCCAACGCCGACCCUGUGUACCGUGGCGAUCUUCUUCGCAGGCUGGCGGAUCUCAUGGAGCGAGACAAGGAUGAUAUCAUUGCACUCGAAAUGUUGGAUACUGGGAAGACGCAUCGUCAAGCAUCGACUCUGGACUUCCCCAGCUCUGUUUCGACGUUGAAAUACUACGCUGGCUACGCUGACAAGGUUCACGGAUUGACAUCGUUCAAUAUCCCAAAGACGUUUGCCUAUACCAGAAGAGAGCCCAUUGGCGUGUGCGGUCAGAUUAUCCCGUGGAACUUUCCACUCCUCAUGUUCACAUGGAAGAUUGCACCAGCCUUGGUCACCGGAAAUACCGUGGUUAUCAAGUCCGCCGAAGCCACCCCUCUCUCAGCACUCAAGAUGACCGAACUGAUUCAGGAGGCUGGGUUUCCGGCGGGCGUAAUCAAUCAUGUGCCCGGCUUUGGAAAGACUGUUGGUAAUGCUAUCGCGAAUCAUAUGAAUGUAGACAAGGUUGCAUUCACUGGAUCAACCGCUACGGGACGCUCGAUCCUCAAAUCCGCCGCGAGUUCCAACUUGAAGAAAGUUACCUUGGAGUUGGGUGGUAAGAGUCCGAACAUCGUGUUCCCUGAUGCCGAUCUCGAAAAGGCUGCGGACUGGUCGGCCUGGGGAAUCAACAUGAACUUCGGCCAAACUUGCCAUGCUGGCACCAGAAUCUACGUACAUGAAGACGUCUACGAUUCAUUCGUUGAGAAGUUCGCCAGUCGCCUGUCCAAGUUGAAGGUCGGUGACAACUUCGACCCAACAACUGAUCAGGGUCCCCAGAAUAGCAAGAUGCAGUACGACAAGAUCCUGGGGUAUAUCGAGAGUGGUAGAAAAGAAGGUGCUACUGUGCACCUCGGAGGAAAACCAGCUACAUCCGGAACGGAGGGCGGAUACUACAUCCAACCCACCAUCUUCACCAACGUGAAGCCCGACAUGCAGGUCAGUGCUCUUGAUAUGGAUGAUGUUAGAACAGUCCUGAUUUCAGAUGAACAGAUUAUGAGAGAGGAGAUAUUCGGCCCUGUUGUUGCUAUCUCAAAGUUCUCCACAGAAGAGGAGGUCCUCGAGUUGGCUAACGACUCAUCCUACGGCUUAGCUGCCGCCGUACACACUAGUGACUAUGCACGAGCUAUCCGAAUGACUAAUGCGCUGCAGGCUGGCACGACUUGGGUCAACAUGUUCAAUUUUGUUCACUAUUCUAUUCCUUUUGGGGGUUUCAAAGAGAGUGGUAUCGGCCGUGAGUGUGGUGAGGCAGUACUUGAGAAUUACACCGAAACCAAGGCUGUUUAUCUCAACAUGGGACUGCAAGCUCCGCAAUAG